UUUAAUAGUUGGUGGGUAGCCAUUCACUUUGUCCGCCAUGAAACGGGACAGUUCAGGAAAUAACCAGGAUGGUCCUCCAUCGAAAUUUCAGCGUUCUACCGUAGAUCUAACCAAUGUUUCUAUCAGAUUUCUUAUUCCUGGGAGAGCUGCAGGGAUAAUGAUUGGGAAGGGUGGGGAAAAUAUCAAAAAAAUACGGUCACAGUAUAACGUCAAGCUGAAUAUUCCCGACAGCAGAGGCCCUGAACGGAUAAUGACUAUCGAGGGUGACCUGCAGGCCAUCUGCAGCAUAAUGCGCGAUGUUUGUCCAAAACUAAAGGAUAUAAUGAACGCAAAACUCUCCGAUCCGAAACGUAUAAUGGGUGCCCAAGGGUUUCGGCGUCGUCCAAGACGAAACGAAGAUCCAGAACGGGAUGACGAGGAAGACGAAAACAUGAUCGACUUUAGAAUCCUAGUGCACGAAAGCCAAGCUGGCUCCGUCAUCGGCCGAGGUGGGGAACGUAUUAAGGAUCUCCGUGAUAAGUACAAAAUGCGUGUUAUCAAGGUGUAUCAGAUGUUGGCUCCACUAUCCACUGACCGAGUAGUACAGAUGGUUGCUGACCCAGACAAUGUCGUCCAAUGCUUGAGAGCUGUGAUAGAGGCGGUUGAGUCUGCUCCUCCUCGUGGUCGCCGUGAAGACUAUGACGCUGCCAACUUCAGUGAGGGUGAUGCUCUUAACUACGGUGGUUGGUUGUCUCGAGAGGCUGCAGCAGCACUAGCUCAAGGGAUGCCACUCCGUGGACCUGGAUGCAUGCCGCCAAUGGGUUAUAACAUGGGUGGUCCGUAUAUGAUGGGUGGUGGUGACAUGGGGCCAAUGGGUGGUGGAAUGGGCCCCAUGGGUGGAGGAAUGGGUCCUAUGGGCGGUGGACCGAUUCCCGGAGGCCGUGGUCGAGGGCCUCGCUCCGGCGGUGGGAUGAUGGGUGGAAAUGCACCUCUUGCGCAAGGUCAACGAGGGAUGAUGGGCUCCUCAGGACCGGCACCGGUUCCUCCUCCAGCCGGUCGUAAUACUUCUAUGGGUCCACCAGGCGGUUAUAGUAGUUCAGUGGACGGAGGUUACGGUGGUCAAGGUGGAUACGAUGGUCCAGGUGGAUUCGAUAACGGAGCAUACGGAGGCAUCGAUCAAACUGGACAAGGCGGGUUUAGUGGUCCUGGAUACGGUGGGUCGGGCAACAUGACUUCUGGAGGCUACGGUGCGUCUGGGUAUGGUGGAAGCCAGCGCGGAUCUAGUGACAUGGCAGGUGGUCAAAGUCGUUAAUACUACUACUACCUCUACUGUGAUUUGAAAUGAAAAUCCCAUCUCUCUGUGAAACAUGAACUGAUGUCCUUCGUUGUAGCUGACUGAUCGGGUUACAACUCUUGUAGCCGAACAGCUUCUUUUUAAUCAAUCAUGUUGUCAGUGUUUUGUUUACGUUUUGCAUUUUCUCGACUUAGUUUCCUUAAUUGUUUUGUUCGUAAACGCCUAUAUUCGUCUUCAAAUUCGGUUACUGGUUUUUUUUCAAUUUGACGGUGUGAAAUUCGGCCUUCCCCCAGGAAUUUAAUCAUCACAUGAGAAUCCCAAAAUGUCUUUCGGUCAUCAGAACGCCUUGUAAUAUUCCCACUAUAUAUAUGUUUCAAACACUCAGUUGGGCUUACGUAGGGGUAUCUGGAUAUUUAUACUGCACAAGUUAAUUAACUUGUGUGAGCUGGAAUAGUACCCAGGUGUUCAUAAUGAAGCAGAUAAGUUUGUUAGGUAGUUGUCACUGCAUAAGAUGAUCCACAGUCUAAUCCGCAAGGCAGUGAAGCGACAUCUUAUAGUAGCCGACAACUAAAAAGUAUGUUCAUACGCUUUUGGUUCUCUCAGAUUCCUGGAGUCCGUUUGCGCCGUUUGUUUGUAGUGAGGGGUUUCCCGAAUCAAGUGUAUCCUCUGUACCCAUCAACUCAGUUUACUCACGGGAACAUAUGAUUUUCGUUCUCUUGAUUUGUUUAACAAUACAUACACGGAGACAAUGUGUUGGUUUCCCCCGGCAAUGUCUAUAUACGCCUGCUAGCGAGAGCGUUUCCAGAGGAAGAGCAGGUUUUCUCCACUCUACGAUGUACUAAGGAAUCGUCACAAUUCCUAAUUAGCAUAUUGUUUAUUUCACGUUUAUUGAUGAUGUACAGAAAUUUUUUAGGACAGUAAAUCUAAUCGUUCAUACUUUUCGGCGCUAUGAUUUUAAUGCUAAAAUUGAACAAUUCUCUGGUGUUACGUUGUAGUGCAGAGUUCUGACAAUUUUAGUAAGCUAGGCACAAUUACGCUAACCG